AUGUGGUGCGGGGCAGGACUAAUGCUGGUAAAACUGGUGCCGAAUAAGCCUGCAUUAGCUUAUGUCCUAGAUAUUGAAAAGGAUGUCAUGUUUGAACCUUUUCCAGGGUUAUGUACCUACAUUGGGAAUGUGGUGAUCUCCCUGAACCCAUAUCAGCCAUUGCCCAUUUACUCAGCAAAAACGGUGGAAGAAUAUAAGAACUGCAACUUCUUUGCUGUCAAACCUCACAUUUAUGCCAUUGCCGAUGAUGCUUACCACUCAUUGAAGAAUCAAGACAAAGAUCAAUGCAUCCUUAUCACUGGUGAGAGUGGGGCCGGCAAAACAGAGGCCAGCAAGUUAGUAAUGUCCUAUGUGGCAGCUGUAUGUGGGAAAGGGGAGGAAGUGAAUCGUGUCAAGGAACAGCUGCUACAGUCCAAUCCUGUCCUGGAAGCCUUUGGGAAUGCCAAAACCAUCCGCAAUGACAACUCCUCCCGAUUUGGAAAAUACAUGGAUAUUGAGUUUGACUUCAAAGGCGAUCCUCUGGGUGGUGUCAUUAACAAUUACCUGCUGGAGAAAUCCCGAGUGGUGCAUCAUGUGAGGGGCGAGAGAAACUUCCACAUCUUCUACCAAUUCCUAUCUGGAGGCUCAGACCAGUUGCUCAAACAGCUGAAACUUGAAAGAAAAUUCAGCCUUUAUAACUACCUCAACAAGGAAGCUGCAAGCUUGCAGGGCAUUGACGAUGCAGCCAACUUCAAAGCUGUGCAG